UGACACCAUUCUACCACAACAUCACACCAUGCACCAGCCAAACCUUGUUCAUCCAGCAGAACCAACCAGCUGACCCUUGGCCUAUCCCUGGCAAUACAUAAGGUGCUGUUCUCUGCCCCCAGGUGAGAAUACCCAACACACCCUCAACACAUCUCGAAGACAUCCCAUACGAAUUCACAAACAUCUUAGCUUAAAACACGAUGUCUAAUCCGCCUCAGGACAAGAGUGGACACGGUGGAGCAGAGCUCUUGACCAGCAAUCCUCACGGGGACCACCUCCAUACACGAUUGAUACACGUCGGCGCACACCCUGAUCCCACCACUGGCGCGGUGAUUCGGCCGAUCUCACUCUCGUCUACCUUCGCCCAAUCCGCGGUUGGCGUGCAUGCGGGGUACGAGUACUCGCGCUCGUUGAAUCCCAAUCGGCUGGACCUUGAGACCUUGAUCGCCUCUCUGGAGGGUGUCGAUCAGCUCGAGCGAGUCGAGCCAGCCGGGCUCCCCCUGCCCGGCGCCCUGGCCGUCUCCAGUGGCUCUGCGGCAACGGCUACGAUUAUCAAUGCCCUCGUCGGUCCGGGUGCACAUCUGGUGGCCAUGUCGGACGUCUAUGGCGGCACGUAUCGGUAUCUCAAUCAAGUUGCCAAACAACUCGGUAUCGACUCCACCAUGAUCGAUCUUGGCUUCGCCGACGAUUCCAAGCAAGCCGCCGAGCUGGUCAUCGAGCGCUUGCAGAAAUCAAUCAUCCCUGGUCAAACCAAACUCAUUUGGAUCGAGACUCCCACCAAUCCGACCUUGCGCCUGGUCGACAUAGCUUGCAUCUCAGACUUUGCGCGGAAGAAUGGCCUCUUACUUGUCGUCGAUAAUACCUUCCUGUCCCCAUACUACCAGCAGCCCUUACGAUUGGGUGCGGAUAUCGUCGUCCACUCAGCCACAAAGUAUAUCAAUGGCCACUCGGACGUCGUACUUGGGGUGAUCGUCUCUCCUCAUGUGGAGCUCAUCAAGAAGAUGCGCUUCCUCCAAAAUGCUCAUGGAGCUGUACCUUCGGCUUUUGAUUGCUGGCUCGCCCAACGAGGCUUGAAGACUCUUGCACUCCGAAUGUUGCGUCAUGGUACCAAUGCACUGGCGAUUGCUAACUGGCUCCAGGAUGUCGCGCUUCCCCAGGGCUGGAUCACCAAAGUGACCUACAUCGGCCUCAACAAAUCUGAGAUCGCAUGGCGACAGAUCCCGAAGGAAACCCAAGAAGAGCUUCACAAGUUAGGUCAUGGACCCUCGGCCGACGGUCAAUUCCCAUACGGGGGGAUGAUCAGCUUCAAGAUCAAGCCCAAGGGAGGAGACGGUUUGGAUGGCCAGACGGACUAUUCGAGGGCAGACGAGUUCUUGAAAAAUUGUCGCCUGUUCACGUUGGCCGAAAGCUUGGGCGGGAUCGAGUCUUUGGCUUCCUUGCCUGCCAAGAUGACCCAUGCCACCUUGAGUGUAGAGGAUCGCUCCAAACUUGGCAUCGAUGGCUCCCUCGUCCGGCUGUCUGUUGGUAUCGAAAAAGUCGAGGACCUCAUCGCCGACCUCGAACAAAGCUUCAAGAAAUCCUUCUGAUUUUUGGUAUCCCCGUUUUCUCAUCUCUCAUAUGACUUGAAUGUAUCCUUUUACCUUGUAUCCUAUGCCCAAAUACUUGUGAACAAUACCAAAUCAAUCCAGUAUUUCAACGUAGCUUCAUUUUCUCACCAUUGAACCGAAAGAGUCUAUCUAGUGCAUGUAUCAGUAGUGCUCAUAUUUGUAUACUUCACUUGAACAACUACAGAGAGAAAUCAAUCUCGAGCAAGAAAGCAACUGUUUCAUAUUUUUCUUUCUUCUUGUGUUAUGCUUCUCUGUGUAACUCAACCCUUUUGGCAAGUCGAUGGAUUAUUCAACUUCCUUCUCAAUUGUAUACUUAAGUGAUGAAGCUGCGGAAGGAAAAUCUGCUCAAGAGGAUGUCAAGGUGAGUUGUUGAAUCUACCAACAACUCACAUAUGUCACUUUCCUAUAUUCAGC